ACAAUAUAUUAUUUUUUAUUAUGAAUACUUAUGGAAUGAAUAUAUUGUGAAGACAAUGAGAACAAGACGUGAACAAAAGUUUUAGCAACUGUUAUGUAAAAGAAAAGGCGUAGGGUUAAAUAAGCUCUGCUUCUUCCUACUCCUUUUUGAAUAUGUUGAAAAGAGAAACUGGAAAUUGUGAUGUAUCAUGUUGUAUGCUUCUAUGUUCGAAAUAAACUCAAACUCAACUAUGGGUUUCCAUAAUAUUGCUAUUAUUUCACCUGAUGAUAUAUGCGUAAUAAUUUUCCGCUAUUUUUGGCAAACAUGCCAUAUUUGUGUUUAGUUGUCAAUAUAUUAUUAGCGCCCCCUAGACAACCGUGUACAAGUUGACAACAGCCCCUUUAGCUUGAAAUUGUAUUGUUAACAACAUUUGUUUUGCAUUGCAAUGUGCUAUCCCAAGACUCCAGUGUCAGAGGUCAGGUGCGUGUCGUCCGGUAGAAGACUAUAAUGCGUGGAUUGAUCUGUGGACGGAAACUGGCCGUUUUUGGGGUCGUGUUGAGUGUGUCAUCAUGUUACAAGGGAUGAAGGCCAUGGAAGCAAAAAUGGCGGCGAGUUACAACAAAGCUCAUCUGCGAAAAAUCACAGAGAAGAGCCAGUUGUCCCCAUACGGUAUUUUUGACCUUCUCAACACUCAGAAAUGCCUGAAAGAUUUUUUUGUACAACGGGGGUUGUUUGGCGACCAUCUGAACAUUUCGGAAGUAAACCAGAAUAUGACCUCAAGCCUAAUGGACAAAGAGAGGGAUGACAAAAUCAACAAUAUCAUCAAGAGCAUCGUGGAGAAGAGCAUAGCAGACAUUGCAAAGUUGAGACAGCUGAUUGCCCUCUGGGAUGCAGAAGAACGCUCUACUACAAAUGUUUAUAUCGACGAGUCGUCGUACGGCAUCAUCACUCAGCAUAAAAUCAAGCAAUACCUCAAGACCUUUUUCUCGGAGAGGCUCAUGAGUGCUGAGAAUCCCAAAGAGUUCCUUCCUGAAGGAAAGGAGGGCUAUUUAAUGUCAUCUAAGGAGAAAGAGCGGCCUGACAGUAAUAUGUUAGAGUACAGCAAUGAAGAACCAAAGGGAGAGGACUCUUCACCUAUGCUUGGGAAGGCUAUCAGUAUGAUCAGCCAUGUGAUUCAGCCUGUGGUUGACACCAUAGAAAAAGUCAGGUCAGCGUGGAAGGAUGAAGAUAUCACAGAUCAUUCAGAUAAAGAGGCAGAGGAGGAGUCCGAAAUAGUUGAGGGAGGACCGGUCUCCAGUCUUCUGCCCACUUCAGAAGACACUGAAGUGAAGGUUCCAUCUGCUUCCCAUUCUUCUUCAUUGUCUGAUAAGGAAAUCAGCAAAGAAGAGGAACAUCAGGAUUUUCCAGUUAUAUCAAGGCUUGCACCGGCAACAGAGGGACCUGCAGAGGAAAGUUCAUCUUCAAACUUGAUCAUGAGCACCAAAAUAGACGGCAAAUACUUUCCCCUGGACAUAUUGGAUGAGGGUGCAGUGGAGGAACUCUGCAGAUUUGAAAAACAGUUGACCCCCAGGCUGUCCCCCAUUUUAGAGGAGACAGGAGAGGCCAAUUCUUCAGCUUCUUCUUCAGCCAACACAUCGAGGUACGCUGGGGUGACACGUUCUGCUCCCUGUUCGUGUCCUAUUAUAUCCGCCCUUCAAAAGGCAAAUGUCUUCAGAAACGAGAUACCUCUUCAUGAAUAUGAGACGGCGGAGAAUGCCUCCGCACUUGAGGUGAAGUCGACCCCACGGCUUUCCACUUCUUCAUUAAAUGUGAUGGAUGAGAACAUUCCAGAUGCCUCUGAAGAACAAGCAAGGAAAGAUAGUUGGAUAUCUGAGUCUGGAUCCACCUCUGGGUUGGAUGACACAGGGGUGGCAGAUUCUCCAGUGCCUUUUCCUUCCACCUCCUCUCCCAUCAUCGAGAAAGCCAAAAAUAUCAUCAGCCAUGUUAUUCAGCCUGUUGUUCACACCAUUGACUCAGCCAGCAAAGUUACAAAGACAGCCGGCAAAACCAUUGUUAAAAAAAUGAAGUCCAUGUGGAAAUCUCGCUCAGGCAAGAAGAAGGGCAAGAAAGCCAAAGUCAAGAAUGAGACAAAAGCCGAGAAAGCUUUUCAUCAUGAUAGUUUGGACGAAGAAGAGGAAGAAGAGGAGGAUGAAGAAGAGUCAUUGUCUGGGACUUCAGGCGCUUUAGAGGAUGCCGAGCUUGGAGGUUCUGCAGAAGAUCCAUCCUCCAUUGUUAAAGAAACAAACCCAAUCACAAGUGACAGCAAAGUGGAGAAACCUCAGAAUAUUUCUGAACAAAUGGCCGUGGAGAAGUUUUGCUUCUUUGAGGAAGAAUCUUGCUCCGGGCUUUCUACUCUUGUGGAAACUGCAACCUCUAAAUCCCAUUCCACCACACCAACUUCAUUCCCCCUUGAGAAGGCAAACAUGAUCAAGAAUACAUGCCGCUAUGAACAACCAACUCCAAAUAUCUCCAAUGAAAAAGCAGAAGAAGAAAUGUCCUGCCAUUCUAUUGGCUUGGCAUCCAUUCCAGACAGUAAACUGGGAGCUACAGAGACAGAUGAAGAGAAAGCCAGUGGGCUCAAUCUUCUCCAGUCUGAGGGGGAUGCAAAUGAGCACAACAUCUACAGUAUCUUUGAGAACAUCUUCAGACAGGAGUUUUCCAAAAAAUUAGAAAAUUCCCUCAGACAAGGUCUCUGUGAUGCUGUCCGUGUAUACGUCCCUGAAAGGAGCUCAGUGGAAUCCUUAGAGAGUGUUGCCAUGACAGGCAAGCCGAUUUGUAGUGACAUCAAACAGUCCAAGGAUGAGUUUGACGGUUACUCAACUGGUCCGCGAGACUCACCGUACACUGGAUCCACCUCUAUUGCUUCUUCUAGCAGCUACCAGUUGAUAAAAGGGAGAGGAAGCAAGAAUCAAUUAUCAGAUGACACUCUAAAAGAAGACAUGCAACCUGAAGGACUUCAUUCCAAGAGGAAGUCUCUGUGGAAAAGGUGGAAAAUGAGACGUUCAAGGAAGAUACGCCCAAAUAAUUUGGAGGUUGGUUGUUGUCCUGGUACCACUCUCGACACGGUUUCAGACAGCCAAGCCACUAAACCAGCUAUCAAGUCCAUCUUUAAAAAGGUCAAGUCAAUUUGGAAGUAGAGAAACAAAGAAGACAUCACUUGUGUAAAUAUACUGUAGAAGUGCAGGAACUGAAUAAUCGUUUUACACAGUGGGUAACAAGAAUGAAGGUUCACACCGCAUUCAAGGGACUUUAGAAUGCAUACAGUGACUCUGGUCAAUUGUCACUGUCAACUAUUGCUACAUUUUGCUAUAAUAUGCUGUUGUACACUAUUAACAUGUACUUAAUGGAGUACUGUAAUAAUAUAUUUCUUUAUAUAAAAAGAAUAAGAAAUCUUUGUUUCAUACUUGAGGUGAAGAUUUGUUCAUAUUGUGAUGCUGUUUUCUACACGGCUGGGCAGUAGGAAUAGGUAGGGCAGCUCCUGUCCUUCAUUCUGAUUUAAGAUGUGGGCUUCAAUCUCUUUCAGAUCCUUUCUAAAUUUGUUAAUUAGCUCCAAAGCUCGCCCCUCACUGAAGUGCUGCUCUGUGUAGUCGCCCAAAAAAAUCUAGGUAGAAGACAAAUAUUGAGUGAGUAUAAAGAGGAAGAAGCUAUUUCCAACUUAAAGCCUCGUUGACCUACUGCAUCAGGUUGUGCUCGUCCCAGGUGCCACGUGAUAGCCAUCUGCACACAUGACUGACUGACAUCAGGAAGGGUGGCCAUGAUCAUUUCCAUUGUAACAGCGUCUUUGUCUGUCGGUGGUGGUUGUCUCAUGGUGCAAGGAGUAUUUGGUAUCCAUGCACACCAGUCAAACUACAAAAACAAAAGAGCACAACUUUAGAGUGGAACACAAAGGACGAAGGUUGAAGUAGGUCAUGUUUUGUGUACCUGCCCAUUGUUAGAAGCAGCAUGCUGGACUGUGCUGGUGAAGAUGAUCACUGCAAGCAAGGUAGACAGUUCCGCUUUGGUGCUCAGCUCACUCGGAAGACCUGCAAUGCAUUCACCAAAUCAUUUUGAACAUUCUGGUUUCAGAUAGAAAGGUGAGCCUGAGCACCAUGAAAGAAAGAUUAUUGGUGCUAUGUAAAACUGACCAAAGUUGGGGAGCUCUGUGAAGCCCACUUGCGUGAUAUCUUUGACCCAUUCUUGGAGUUCAGAGUCCUGCUGCACAUCUUGGUCGGACUGAUAGUACAGGCUCACCAUUUCUGAGACAAAACUGAUAGAAUGAUUUUAAAAUUCAUACUGCAGUGGUUGUACAAGUACAGUAACACAAACACUAGCUACCUGUGUAUUGACUCCCACAGCAUGAGACUGUGUUCUCUGUAAAAAUACUUUGGCAGGUGAGAAACUUCUCGAUCAGCAAAAUCAAGGAAGGGCUGGAGUGAGCGGUAGGUGAGAUCUUUGUACUCUCUCUGGGCCAGAAUGAGCAGACCAUCACCACCUGUAGACACAACCUACACGACCACCAUGAUGAGGAUUAUAAAUACCUCGGUGUACACAUUGACAAGCUGAAUGGGUCAAAACACGCUGAGGCCCUCUACAAGAAGGGACAUAGCUGCCUCUACUUCCUCAGGAGGCUAGGAUCCUACAACGUCUGUAUAAAGAUGUUGAAGAUGUUCUACUAGUCGGUGGUGGCGGGCGCCUUCUUGUGCGCCGUGGCCUGCUGGGGCGAAGGGCUGAGAGCGAGGGACGCAAAAAGACUGGACAAACUGGUAAACAAGGCCAGUGACGUGGUGGGAGUGGAGCUAGACUCUCUGGCGGUGGUGUCAGAGAGAAGUCGUCCAGCAAAACUCCUAGCCAUCAUGGACAACACCUCCCACCUACUACACUCGGACCUUGCGGAGAGAAUGAGCACGUUCAGUGGAAGGCUCAGACUCCCAAAAUGUAACACGGAACGAAACAGGAGGUCCUUCUUACCGGCAGCCAUCAGACUGUAUAAUGCAUAUGUCCUUCUUGACUGCACUUAAAUGUAGAAUAUAUGUAAAAUAUAUAUUAUUAAUAUAUUUAUUAUUAUUAUUGUCUAUUGUGAGCAAACUGUGGUGCUGAAUUUCCCCCAGGGAUCAAUAAAGUACUUUGUAUUCUAUCUAUUCUAUUCUAUGAUAGCCCUCUUUUAUAGUUUUAGCGAUCAACAUUUGAGCCCCGUUUGGUACUGAAUUGACCAAUAGAAGCACAUUUUCAUGUCUGACCCGUUUAAAGAUGCCAUCUGAUGAGAUGAGCUGAGCGCGCCCCCGACAGUUGAUUUCCAGUGUGUAGCGCUGAUGGGGAGCCAGCAUCUGCAGUGUUGAAUUUAACCAAAUAUAAGCCAGUGUCUUUACAUUGCGGUGCAAUAUAACAUUAGUUCUUUGUGCAUAUGUACCUUAUAAAUGGGAUGUACGGCUGGCAACUGUCUCAGCGUAGCCACACAGAACACCUCCACCACCAAGUGAGUCCUGAGCAGGUGAGAUAGCACCUGGAAGAUCUGGAACUCUGAGUGACGCACCCACAUCUUUGCCAGCAGCCAGGCGAGAGGUGGGUCUUUAGGCAGAAAAAUGGGUGCGUCCAAGCCUGGAAUUUGACCCAGCUAGGGUUGAUAUUGGUUAGUCAACUUAAGUACUCACUUGUACUUACUAGAGAGUUUGCUGCUAUAUAUAUCAGAAGUGACAACAACAACAACUAAGUAAUAAAUCCGAAUACAUCGCUAUACUUCAUUUGUUGUUUUCUUACACUAAAAGACAUGGAUGCUUGGUACCUGAAUAGCAAUAGGUAUGAGCCCCUGGUCUGGAUGUUGGUAAAGGAGACAGAGGGGAGCAGCAAUGUAUUGUGGUUUACCCUCGAUCGUGUUGCUGGGAAUCCCCUCCAUGAUGAUAUAAUCUAACAAAUAUAUGUUACCCGCCUGAACAGAGAUGAAUGAAGACUGUCAAGGUAAAGAUUAUAAUGACAUUGCCAAAUGGUGCAGAGAAAGAUGAGACCUUAAGUUCUUUGUUCAGGUUAGUUCUAAGAGGGAAUGAGCUCUGCACCAUGGAAGCUGAGACUGGGAAGUUCUCUGGUAGCCUCUUACACCUGCGGAUCAUUCUGGGGUUGGAGCCAUUUAGACACUGGUAACCAAAGAACCAGUCUUCCUUCCAGUGGUCCAUGCAGUACUCUGACUCAAACAACGAAAAUUCCCAGAUAUUGGGCUUCGGAGCUUCCAGAAGAUCUGUUUGAAAUCCUCAAGGUCCUCCCAGGAUUUCCCAAAACGGAUGGCGAGUUUCUUAAGCGACAACUCCAACAAGCUAGGGAGAUGGAGGAUGACAAACUGACUUGAUUGAUUGUAAAACAUCUCAACAGGGCGAAGAAGAGCGUGUCUCGACAGCCAAGACGUCACCUGCAGCCAGGCCUUGCCUGGUGCCACUGAAAAACAGACAACACCAUCAGGUUAUCCUUCGCUGCCCACAGGAACUCUAAUGAUUUUGCAACAGAGAAUGAAUCCUCAAUCUACAUCUAACCACAGCGACACAUUACAAGAAUAAUAGAACAGCCCACUGGUUGGUAAACUCUUUCUCAUUUCAGUCCAGGAAUAAACAAACCAUUUUGUUAAGUCAAUGUAUAAAGGUUAAUUGCAUUCAAAAACAUAGGCUUACAUAUAUUAUAGACAUACCUGUAGCAUUUCACACAAAAAAAAAUGUUGUUAAGCAUCGCCCAGUCUUUGUUAAACAAGUGCUUAAAGGCCUACUGAAACCCACUACUACCCACCACGCAGUCUGAUAGUUUAUAUAGCAAUGAUAAAAUAUUAACAUUGCAACACAUGCCAAUACGGCCUUUUUAGUUUCCAUCCAUCCAUUUUCUACCGCUUAUUCCCUUUUUGGGGUCGCUGGCGCCUAUCUCAGCUACAAUCGGGCGGAAGGCGGGGUACACCCUGGACAAGUCGCCACCUCAUCGCAGGGCCAACACAGAUAGACAGACAACAUUCACACUCACAUUCACACACUAGGGCCAAUUUAGUGUUGCCAAUCAACCUAUCCCCAGGUGCAUGUCUUUGGAAGUGGGAGGAAGCCGGAGUACCCGGAGGGAACCCACGCAUUCACGGGGAGAACAUGCAAACUCCACACAGAAAGAUCCCGAGCCUGGAUUUGAACCCAGGACUGCAGGACCUUCGUAUUGUGAGGAAGACGCACUAACCCUUCUGCCACCGUGAAGCCCCCCUUUUUAGUUUACUGAACUGAAAUUUUAAAUUUCCCGGGAGUUUCUUCUUGAAAACGUCGCGGAAUGAUGACGUGUACGCUUGACUUCACGGGCUGUUAGGAAAUAUGAGCGCUGCGCACACACACAGCUAAAAGUGGUCCGUUUUAACCGCAUAAUUACACAGUAUUUUGGAGAUCUGUGUUGCUGAAUCCUAUGCAAUUUGUUCAAUUAAUAUUGGAGAAGUCAAAGUAGAAAGGUGGAGUUGGGAAGCUUUGGCCUUUAGCCACACAAACACACGGUGAUUCCUUGUUUAAAAUUCACGGAGGUGAAACUUUACUAUGGAUCACAGCGAACAUGGAUCCCGACCGAAUGUCAACCAGCAGGUUUCGGUGAGAAAAUUGUGGUAAAAAGUCGCUUCUUACCGAAGAUCAGCUGAGCUUGUGCCGCCCAUAAAGCCGCCGUCGACUUCCCUGAGACACUGCGCGUCAACACACCCGUGGACACAAACCUCUGACUAUCAGGUACUGUUAAACUCACUAAAACACUAGCAACACAAUAGAAAGAUAAGGGAUUUCCCAGAAUUAUCCUAGUAAAUGUGUCUAAAAACAUCUGAAUCUGAAUUUUUAAAAAAAAUUGUUUUUUUUUCUUCUAAUCCGUCGCUAUCAAUAUCCUCAAACACGAAUCCUUCAUCCUCGCUCAAACUAAUGGGGAAAUUGUCGUUUUUCUCAGUCCGAAUAGCUGUUUUUGUUGGGGGCUCCCAUUAAAAACAAUGUGAAGAUGUGAGGAGCCAUCAACAUGUGACGUCAUCGUCUGCGACUUCCGGUAGAGGCAGGGCUUUUCUGUUAGCAAGCAAAAGUUGCGAACUUUAUCGUGGAUGUUGUCUACUAAAUCCUUUCAGCAAAAAUAUGGCAAAAUGACACAUAGAAUGGACCUGCUAUCCCCGUUUAAAUAAGAAAAUCUCAUUUCAGUAGGCCUUUAAUGGCCAAAUAUUUAAAUUUCAUUUUUUACCCAAAAAAUUGUAUUGAUUAUUUCAUCGUGAGUGCACUUGCAGUCAAAGCCACCAAUGAACACAUCUUCCUGUAUAAAAGGCAUCAUUUACAAAAUCAUCUAUGGAAAAUCAAUUCCACAUCUUUCAAAUUGCUGAAAGUGAUAGGUCUAUAUUAAUGAUAAAAAUAAUCUUGCCCCUGGUGUUUAUUUAGCAUCUCUAAGCUGCAGAAUGCGAGUGCAUAAUCCAAAGCAUUUGAUUGUGGACGGUCAGUGAGCCGCGCCGUGUGACGUCACGCGUCAUUAAAAACGUGACAGCGGCAGAUAAAAUAGAGGCCGGAUAACGCCGCAAGGUCACGACGCUGACGUUUGUAAACGCACAUCCUUUGUGAAGGUGACACAUAGGAUUAAAGAAUCAUACAAGAAAAUACUUCACAAUGGAGCUGGAAGGCCUGCUGUAAGGUGCGGGGAUGCUCCAUGUCGUUGGUACAUUUCCAUUACCGAUCCAUCUCCACUCCCCCCCUCCCUCACCCACCCCCCACCAAAAAUACCUAACCGGGCCGCCGCUGUCCAAGCCGUCAGCACGGCGGGUCUUACCGCAGAUGAGGCUCGGUGCCGGGCGUCCUUAGAUGCUGGAGGUCGGAGACCGGAUGGUGGAUGGUUCCCGGCGGCUGACGCACGAUGACGAGCUGACGAGAUACCAAGCGCCGCUCUGGCUCACACUGGAGGCUCAAGCCGCUCUGGCCCCGCCCCUCCCAGUUGUCCGCGUCAAGCCUGCUGGGCGAGCCAACUGGACUCACUCGCGCGACCCUGCACCGCCGCAGACCCCAGGACCCCCCUCCACCUCCUCAAAUACUGCAUGUGCAUGGAAUUCCAAGGAGCUUCAUUGCCUCCCUCGAUCCUCGAUCACUCGCCUGGACUCGGACCUUGUUUGCAUGCCGCUUGCCCUCGACCUCCUGCCUGUCCCCGGAUCUUCCUUGUGCCUACUCCUCCUUGACCAGACGCAGGUUCCAUUCAACACGCUUGUACAACAUCCUCUUGCUUAAUUCACAUGGUUAACUUCACUCUUAAUCCUGCAACCAACACUUAGAGUAGCAUACACAUCUCACACAAUCAUCAAAGGUUACAAUAAACCUGGUAACCUUACGUCUUUCGUGGCGUCGUC